GUUCUAUUCUAUUGUACAUACUAACUACUACAGUCUGUCUCUAUGCUAUCACUCUCUACUCUGUUUCGUUCUAUUGUAAUUACUAACUGUUAUAUUCUACUCUAUUCUACUCCUCUCUUUCUAUUCUACUCUAUUCUACUCUACUAGUCUCUACUACUGUAGAUGUGUUCUAUUACUCCUCCUUCUGGUCUAUUCAGUUACUCUUUCCCAUAUUCUAUUACUCUCUCUUCUAUUACUCUCUAUACAUUCUAGUCUAUUUCACUUAUUAUGUUCUACUCUACUCUAUUCCUCUCUUUCUGUACUAUUCUACUCUGUUCUUUUCUACAAGGACAAUAAUUGUGAUGGUUUUUUUUGUCCGCACUGAGACUUAAAAAGCCAAAAAGAAGAACACAUUUAGUGAAAUGCAGCAUGCCCAGCUCCUAUACGUGCAUCCUGAAUGAGGCUCGUAGUGAUAUAUUUGCGUAUAACAGAAGAAGCACCGCCUCCCUCCUAUUGGACAAUGUCUCUGCGAGGGCGUGGCGAGGAAAGAUGAGAGUUGCAAAUCCAUGCCCUUACUGGGAAGACAUGGAGAGCCAUGGACACAGUCUACAACGAAUCAAGUAGGGAAUCUCAACUAAAAGACAUAUUUCUUCAGUGAAGAAACAACCAAUUUUGAGAGACUGACUGAAGAGGAAAGGAAAGGCUUGGCCCGGUUGAGGAUGGAGUGUGCAUUUGACGCACAGAAUCUGAUCUCCAUUUCUUUGAGGAAAAUCCAAAGCUCCAGGACGCAGAGAGGAGGCAUCAAGCUGCACAAGAACUUGCUGGUAACGUACGUCCUGAGAAACGCCAGGCAGUUUUACAUGAGCAAAAACUUGUCGCAGACGCAGCUGAGGACGCACCAAUACGAGGAUGUAGCUGCAGUCCGUGAGAGGCAAGACUAUUUUGAAUUGACCGGGAGCUUAACGGAGUUGUCCGAUGACUUCUACUGCAACUUUACUGGCGUUGAGUCGGACACUUGGCAGCACUGCGGAGCGCACCAGCCUGCAGAAGUGGCGCACCAAGACGCGUCUGGAUGCGCAAUGCUCGCACCAAGUGACUCUGACCUCAUGGUUUCGGAAGCCUGUUGGAGUUGUGCAGACAAAUCCUCCUGGGAGUUACCUAUCCCAAACGCACAAGCCAACCAAAAGACCGUCCUGGACUUGGACACGCAUGUGGUGACUACUGUCACGACAGGAUACUUCCACUCAGACUGUUGCUCCGCGCAGCAGUCCAAACAGCCGCAGCAGAAUAAAAAGCGAAAGAUGGACACUUCAAGUUAUCACAUUGUUGAGCCAGAGUUUUACCUGCCACCAGACUUUGGGCCGGUGCCGUGUAAUAAUAAAAGGAUGAGGACUCAGGAGGAGGAUUUAGACUCGGAGCAGUUGGACAGCUCGAACAUCUCCAACCUGAUCUCGGUGUUGGGUUCAGGUGGACUAUCUGAGUUUGUGAGUUGGCAGCAGCAAACGGACCUUGAGCAAAUAUUCGCAACUCAGACAAUUUGUUUGAAACAUAAAACACUGUUAACAGGCAGCGGUUGGACCAGAGCAAUCGAAGCAUUUUGAUUAUUUGUAUGAUUGUUUUUUUUUCUUUGUAUCGUUUUAUUGCUUUCAAAUAAACCAUGACACGACUGCAAAUUCUC